AUGACUAUCCAGGACAAAUUGACGUUGGCACUGCCAGAUAAAUACAAUUCCUUAUUCUCUUAUGAGAAUCAACCUCAAUCCUCCACUGCUCAGACACAUGAUGCACCAACCUCUGGUCCUUCCCAACAAGCGCCAGUUGUGAAAUCUGACCAUCACUCCCCUAAGAGGAUUCUUAGAUCUUCUAAGUCCUCACCUCAACCCUCACCAUCUCCUCAACCCAAAAGGAAGAGGAAGUUUCUUCAACCUAUCUCAGAUUCUGAUGAUGAAGAUACACCACCUCCUCCAUCACCUCCACCAGUAAAACAAUACAGGAAGAAGAUCAAGCCUACUUCAGUUACUGAUUUGACUGUGGAUCCUCCUGUUGAGUCAGUAGUUAGUCCUCUUGCCAUGGUUACAUCUUCUGAUCCUGUUUUUGUUGAGCCUCUUUCUGCAGUUCCUCUUGAUGAAUCCUCCACUGCAGCUGAUAUUCCUAUAUCAGAAACUACUCCUGAUUUACUAGAUAAAUCAGACGAUCUUCAAGCAGCACCUCCAACUCUUAAUCAGGAAUCUCUGAUUACAGCUGAAAUUCCAGCAGAGUCUACUCUGCCAAUGCAUCAGGAAUCUCUGCUUCAAAUUGAAGACCAAGUUGCAGAUCAUUUUCAGGAGAUCACUUGUGAUGUUCAUUCUGAGGAUGCUACAGAAGCUCUGGCCUCCCAUACACUCAGCAUCUCUGUUGUUGAUGAUGAUGAUGCUACAGAGGUCACCUCUAUUUCAGUACUAGUUCCAAUCUCUGAUCCUUCUCCAGUUAAGGAUUCUGCCUCUGAGCCUCCCAGACCCUCUACUAAGAUAAAUGUUUGUCAUGUGCAAUAUCAUCAGGGUAUGUGCAGAUCUCAAUCUCCCUCUCUUGAAGCCAGAAUUACUAAUAUAGAAGCAACUCAGAAUUCUAUGCAGUCUACUCUGGCAGAAUUGAGCUCCUCUGGGGAGAAAAUUACCAAGGACAAAUGUUCAUCUGAUCAGCCAUUGCAAAAGAAGAAGCCAGGUGAUGAUAAAGAUGGAAAGGGAGUUGGAGAUGGAAACUCUGGAAAGCAGAUUAUAUUGCAGAUUAAAGAUAAAGAGAAAUCUGGCAAUAAUCAAAGGAGUAAUAAGGUUGGAAACUCUGAUAGACUCAGAGAAUCAAAGCAAUCUUCUCUGGAAAUGACUCUUGUUUCUCCAAUUCAAAGUCUGACUGAAGCAGUUAGAAGUUCAGGGUCAAUUUCAAAAGAACUGACUGUAGUUGAUUCUGUGAUGCCAGCAACUGAACAGAAAGGAGAAAAUCUGAUCUCUGAAUCAGAUAAAUUGAUUGAAGCUGGAGAUCCAGAAUUUCAGAAAUUCUGUCAAACUCUGAAGUUUAGAGGAAAGGAAACAACCCUGUUCUACAAGUCCCCAUCUCUUCAAGCAAUUGAUGAAGCUGUUGCAAAGAAAAUAUUUGAAAGGGAGAAUCCAGGGAUAGAUAUUGAAGCUAUCAGACUUGAAGAAGAAAGGUUAGCAGCUGAGAAGAUGAAGAUCAGCAAAUCAAAGUCUGAUAAGCAGAAGCAAAUCAUUGAUCCCUCACAGAAACAGUCAAGACCAAAAGAAAAAGGGAUAGUGAUUGGGGAGAUAAAUUACUCUGAUAUUACAAGACCUAGAACAAGAUCACAAUCAAAUUCUGAGACUGAGUCUAAAAAUAAAGGGAAGAAAGCAGUUGAUGGUAUUCCUAUCCCAAAGAAGACUUCAAUUGUCAAGAUAACACCAGAAGUUUCUUCUCAAAGACUGAUACAGUUGAGCAAAGCUACCAAGAUAAUAUCUGAUGUGUCUGGUAUAAUUGCAGAAGAAGAAGACGUUGGACUGACCAGGAAAAAUAAGACUUCAAAAAAAAUGGUCAAAUCAGCUUCUGACCUAAACUUAACCUCUGACAAUGCUCAAGUUAAGAUUCAAGAAACAAAGGCAAAAUCUGAUCAGUCAGAGUCUAUGGAAAGCCUUAUGGCUGAAAUCAAGCUCUGA